CCAGCUAUUUACAAUUCCCAUCAAGACGUCUGGAGUUGGUCUCGCUUAGCCACAGACUCUUACAGGAAACAUAAAGAUUGCCAUUUGCUUUCUGGACGCCAAGUAAAACUAAAAAAAAGCGUCCUGGGAGAUUGUCAAAUUUGGGGUUGUGCGCGACCGUGAAAGGGGCGAAAGGGCUAAAGUUCCCGCACAACUGCAUGGCCCGGAACGCUUACUCUCGCCAUAGUUAAAUGGACUCGACUGAUAAACUCAAUCUGAAAGUUGAGCAAGAUCCAGUAGCUACUGUGUCUGGAAAUCGUCGUAGUGCACGUAUACAAACGAGUAGCAACAGCUCCGUGACAUAUCCCCCUCAAAGUACCCAGCAAAGAUCACCUAGAAAGAGAAAAUCUAGUGAGCCGAACAUCGGCAGUCUGUCAGGGUCGCUCGAAUCCACUGUGGAUUGGACGAGGGAGAACAAUCCCGCUUCGGGACCGUCUUCCAGGAGGUCGAGCCGCUUAUCCUCGAGAACGAGCUCGGUUUCACGGGAAACCAAAUCUCUGUCUGCUGCGUCCUCGCGGAAAGGCAAGGGCAAAGCCGCAGGCAACACCUCCAAGAUAGGGACAUCACAGUCAUCAACAUCAAAGAGAGUCAAAAACGUUCCUCAAGCCAGUGUACAGCCGCCAGACGCUACAAAAAAGUCAAGCAAGAAACGCAGGAGACCAUCUAUUUCGUCUGACGAGAAGGAAUCCGAAGACAAUCCUACUCCACAGGAGCACGUUACCAAAAGGCGGCGUCACGCAGCGGUGAGAGCAUCGGAAACAAUCACAUCUAUCAGCAGCAGCGGAAAGAAAGGCUCGAGCACACUAGAAAAAGUCGAUAUGGGAAAGGACAAGAGUAAAAGCAAAGGAAAGCUCAAGGAGGGGGAUGAUCUGCAGGUGGGACAACACGAGGUCCAGGCUCCUCAAUCAGAAAGGAAGAAAAGUAACACCACAAAGGAGAAGAGUAAGGGACGCAGAGGAAAAAAGAACGAUGAAUCUGCUGCCGAAGCGUCAUCUGGCUCAAAGGGCAGUCGAGGAAGUGAGCACGACUUGGCUGAGGACACGGCACCAACCGUUAAGGCGAGCCGCAAGAAACGCGGACGCACCCAGAAAUCUACGUCCCCUGAUUUAUCCAGUUCUGCAAGUCAUACAGAAGAGCCGGGGCGGUCGGAUGAUCAUUACCAUGAAUCGGAUGAUCCGUCUUACGACGACGAUGAUGAUAUGGAUGCCGACUUUGGUAGAGACGACGUGAGCGGACCUACGGUUCAUCGGUCUAACCUGAGUACUCUCUUUGGCUUUGGAGGCGGCAUUAGUAUCGGUGGUUCUGGCGCAAUGGGAGGCAGUUCCCGAUUUUCAAGCAUGCUACGACAGCUGAAGCAGAAAAACGAUCCGACGAUGCAAAUGGUUGCUUUGCAAGAGCUCUCGGAAGUUCUUAGUAUGGCUACUGAGGACAUGUUUAUCGGCAAUGGCAGUCAUAACUUGGCUGGAUUCAAUACUAAUGAGUUUGUCAAAGCACUUGUUGAUAUCUUGAAAGGCCCCGCCGAUAUGGGAGGGGCGUUUGGAGCAGAUUUCCCUCUCGAAGUGCUUGAUGAGUUGGGCAUGAGUGCUAGUGAACUCGGCUUCGGGGGUGGCAUGGGGCCAAAUCCAGAGCUAAUGCUGCUGGCCUGCCGGUGUUUGUCCAACCUUAUUGAAGCACAUCCGUCCAGCACCAUGCAUGUGCUGCAGCAUGGCGCUGUCCAAGUUUUGGUUGGCAAGUUGAUGGAGGUGGAGUAUAUCGAUCUUGCCGAACAAGUACUGUCGGUCCUCGGCAAGAUUAGUCAAGAGUAUCCUUCGGCUGUUGUUCGCGCCAAUGGCCUUUUGGCGGUUCUUCAGUAUAUCGACUUUUUCAGUUUGCAUGUUCAGCGUACUGCGCUUACCAUCGCCGCCAAUGCCUGCCGGGGACUCAACAGCGUCAGCAUGGGAGGAGGAAUAACAUCACGAAUCAUGGGAGGUGACUCCUCCGCGAGUUCAGCGAAUUCUGACACCGGACCUCAAACUGUGGAACAAGUAUUCGGCAUGGUUAAGGAAGUGAUGCCCAUUUUGGAGCGCCUACUUGUUUAUUCCGAUCAAAAGUUAGUGGAGCAAGCUGUACGAUGCCUUGGUCGAAUUGUUGACUGGUGUUGGAAGUAUGAGGAUAAGCUUGAAAACCUCGUGACGCCAAGUCUGUUGAAAACAGUCAUCGGUCUCAUCAAUCCCACUGGUACCGCCUCGUCAGGGCCGGUAGCUUCCAACCCUCACAUGUUUACGCAGCUUGUAAAAUUGGUUGCAAAUGUUUCCAAGGGUUCUGCUCGUCUUGGCACUGCGCUGAUUGAGGAAUACGGCAUUGUCGAGGUGAUUAAAAAUUACCUCACUGGUGGAUUCGUUGGCAGUUCGUCUGAGCAGGAUGCCGACACCGACAUGGAGACAGUAGCGACAGCAGUGACCAAUGUGGUAGUUAACCGCCCGGUCGAGCAAGUAUUAGAGGUGCUCAAUUUGGCAUUGGCGGUUGUGCCAUCUCUCCCUCGUGACGGAAUGUGGAACACGACGAUUAUAAAAGAUGAGACCUUGGUGGAAGGUCAGCCCAAUUCUGAUAGCCCAACGAAAAGAAUUGGCUCCAUUUUCUCCCGGGGCCGCAGUCGUAGCCCAGAAAAAAAUUCCACCUCGCGGGAUCCUAUGGACAUUGAUCAACGGGAAAGCGGAUCCGUAAAGGAUGUUUCCUCACCCGCUGCACGAACUUCCUCUGAUUCCGCAGAGAGCGCUAUGACGGAAUCUCCAACGCAAAAUAAGAAACCUGCUCUUGAUGAGCGAGAUGCGAGACGUCUCGAGUUGCUAAGGCGGCAACCCGAAGCAAUGCAAAAGUACGCCAGCCAGUUGCUUCCAAUCAUGAUUGAAGUUUUUGGUGCAACGGUGAAUGCCAACUUGCGACGCAAGGUUGUGGAAUGUGUUGCCAAAGGUAUUUGGUACCUUGACCAACCAGAAUUCCUGGCACACGCUUUGGCGAAAAAUCAAGUGUUUGGAAAGUUUGUAUCGGAGCUUCUGAGUCUCAGAGAGAUUGCAUUUCGAAAAUCUGUACCGGACAAGGAGCGCAAGGAGGCUUUGGUGCUAGUGGCUGGAGGUGUACAGAUUGCGCUUGUUGUUAUGAAUAGGUGUGGGGAAAAGUUCAAAGCUUGGUUUGCCCGCGAGGGGACUAUGGAGGAGCUGGUUAAAAUUGUUGCAAUGAAUGACUUGGAGAAGGAGAAGGAAGUGGAGAAGAAAGAUGAAAGCCCGGUACAAAGCCCUGUGCGUACGGAGACGCCUUCAACGCACUUGCCAACUCCAAUGGGACGACGCUUGAGUGACCUGGUCAAGGAUUUAAAGAGAUUGAGAGACCAAGUUGCGGGACAUAUUGGUACGUCGUCGACUGGCACAGCGUCCAGCGAAGCGAGUUCAUCAGCGGUUGGUCCCGCUGCAGAUAAGCAUUCUGAGGUGGAGGAACUGCUGGAAACGGUAGAAGCGCUAGCAAAGGGCAGCGGCGAGGGCACUGGAAUGGACGAGCGCGGCGACACAACUCAGAAAAGCCACUCUUCAUCCUCGUUAAGGAUUGAUACCGGGCGAAAGGAUAGUACCUCAACCGCAGGCGGGGAUGCUGAGGCAGCAUCGGAGAUGUCAGAAUCGGGGGCGUCAGUGGCGUCGCCGACAUCACCUGGAUCCUCUCUUCUCCAUGGAAUGCGAAGUAUGUUGGAGCGUUUGGGACGUGGAUCGCAUUCUACGACUUCUGCAAGCAGACGGCAGAUUUCAACUGCAGGAAGCGUUAUCGGAUUGAACGGAGAGAGAGUUGCAGAAACAGAAAUGCGGUCCUGGAUUGUUGCCGAAUGCAAGAGUAUCCUCGAAGUCUGUCCUGCCACUCCCAUGUCUUCUGAGAAGGCUGGACUAGUACUUGAGGACUUAAGACGUUUGGGAGCCAUCCUUCGAGGUCACGCUACAGUGGAUGGAGACGAUCCCCUUAUGCUCAGUGUGCUGCACGCAAUUGCCGAGCAUUUCGCUGGCAGAAAGGACACAGACACAGAGGUUGGGGUCACAGGAUAUGAGAUGCUGGAAAGCGGUGUGAUGGAUGCUAUGGCAGACUUUUUGACCAAACCAGGCAUUCCAGAUGUGGCUGCGCCAGACCCGGAUGCUGAAAAACCGAGAUACACGCUACCCUUGACCGCUCGUUUGAAAGCAUUUUUGCAUGUUUUCAUGAAUGGUCCGACUCCUGACCCACAGAACCGCCCGUUCUUUGUCCAGGGGGCUUUUAAGCGGCUCGUACAGAGACUACAAGAGUCGCUUUCCCGUGUGGAACGGUUUGAGGUUGCUGCUGCAGUACCCUCUUCUACGGGUUUCUCGUAUGAGCCGAUAUUUGGAUCCAUGUUUGGGGCUUCUGGGGGGCACCUUAGGGAAGCAUCAAACCCCAGCAUGCAGCUCACCCGACAACUAAAAGUGAAACUUAUGGCCGCGGAGCCAGAUACGGUCCCAAGACAAUAUCAGGCGCUUUUGAUUAGCGUCCACGCUGUUGCUACAUACAAAGCCCUUGAAGAUUACUUGAAAGGCCGGGUUGCGAUGGCUCCACAGCCGACAGCUACGCGAGGUGCUACUGAGGCGACAAAGGAUGGUCAAGAAGUAGGGGCGGAAGUGUCAGAGAACACGCCAGAAACUCCCUCCCGGACGGUGGAUGAACAAGGCGAUAUAGAGAUGGGAGACGCUGCGAUUACGAGCGCGGACGCUCAAGUAAGUGCUGGGGACGAUGAGGCUGAUAUCGAGGAUGAGGACAUGGAGGAUGAAUUUGACGAUGAUGAUGAUGAUGACUUGGACGACGAUAUGUUGAAUGUCAGCGAUCUCUUACUUCAUUCAGAAGAAGCGAGACGCCGGCGACGUCGUGGCGAGAGCUUCACAAGUCAGGCUAGCGCCGUAUCGGACGGCCAUAGUGAAGAUACAGCGAACCAACCUGAUCUGAGCGGUCGGCGUGAUAGCGUAGUAGAUGUCCGGGCCGAUAUGCCCUCGCAGACAAACACGACAGCUCCGACUCCAGCCUCCCCGAAUAUCCCCUCGAGCACCUCGAGCACGCCUGCAUCUGCGCCUACCUCCUCCUUGUCCUCGACACCGUCUGCUGCCUCUACGACUGGAACUUCAACCGCAACUGCCGGCAGAUCGUACGCUUCUGCCGCUGCAUCUUCGACGAAUUUUACGAUUGAAUUUUCAGUAGGAAAUAUAGUCGUUCCUCGUGAUACUACAAUUUUUGGAUCUGUGUACAAAUUGGAGCAGCAAAAACUUGGGACUACUGGUGCACCGCCCAAUGUCUGGGGUCAAGUUUAUACGGUAAAGUACCGAAAAGUCUAUCCAGAAGCCAAAGAGGAGGGCGUGAAGGAGGAGGUACAAACGACUAGAAAUGGGUCUGCAGAUAGGCAGAUGGCAGUCAAGCUACCUUUUCCUACUAUGAUGCCUGAAGGUAUCUCGUUGGAUACAUCUCCCGGCAAAAUCCUCUACCUUCUACGACUUUUGUAUGGGCUAAAUUCUCGAUGGGCUGAGGUGUAUGCUAACGAGGACGCCGAGCUCGAUGGAGUACACGAAGGUGGGACAUCGGCGUUACCCUUGCAGGAGGGCUCGCAACCUAUGACACGAGUUGCCGUGACAUCAAGAACCGAUGCGCCUGUCAGCAUCGACAUGCUUCCUCCUGCGGCUUUUGCCAACACAAAGUUGACUGCUAAGCUCAAUCGGCAACUUGAUGAGCCCUUAAUUGUUGCCUCCCAUGUUCUUCCAUCAUGGUGUUCAUCGCUGGCCAAAGACUUUUCCUUCUUGGUUCCGUUUGAAACGCGCCUAGUGUAUCUUCAAAGUACGUCUUUUGGAUACUCUCGUAGCAUGGGUCGCUGGCAGCAACAACAACAACAGGGCAAUGGUGGGAGCGGGUCUGGUACUGGUCGCGGCAGUGCCGAUGGAGCGUCACAUCUUGGACGAAUUCAGCGCCAAAAGGUCCGAAUCGCCCGACAGCGGAUCUUGGACAGCAUGAUUAAAGUUAUGGAAUUGUAUGGAUCUACUCAAGCUUUGUUGGAGGUGGAAUUCUUUGAUGAAGUUGGAACCGGGCUAGGUCCAACCCUUGAAUUUUAUGCCAAUGUCUGUCGGGAUUUGAGAAAGAAGGAUGGUAUUGCUUUUGGAUCUGGCGAAAAGAUCAAGAUUUGGAGGGACGAUGAUUCGCUAGAUUCACAGGCGGUCAAGGAUGAUAAUCGCAGCACAAAAGCUGGUCUUGUGCCCGAUGAUUACCUAAACCCCGCUCUCGGAUUCUUCCCGGCUCCACUCACACCAGCAGAGGUGGAUACGGAGAAGGGAAGAAAAAUUUUGAUGCUGUACAAGGCUUUGGGAACCUUUGUGGCAAAGGCUCUGUUGGAUUCGAGGAUCGUGGAUAUACCUUUCAGUGCAAUGUUUUUGGAGAUGGUUGUGGGUGAAGAAGAAGAGGAGGAGAGUGCUGCUGAGGCCGCCCUAGGGACUGCGGGGCGUAAGGGUGCCGAGUUCCAUCUGUUAAGACAUGUGGACCCAUCUUUGUACAAGUCACUUUUGGAUUUGAAAAAGUACGUCCACAUCAAACGGAGCCUCGAGGCUGAUCCGACCCUUAGUCCAGCAGAACGCGCUGCUCGUAUCUCCAAUAUUACGGUGAAGGGUGCCCGUUUGGAGGAUCUUUUCCUUGACUUUACUUUACCAGGCUACCCUUCCGCGGAACUGAUUCCUAACGGGAAAGAUAUAGCGCUGACAUUGGACAACCUGGAACACUACAUUGACCGUGUGGUAGAGAUGACUGUGGGCGAGGGCGUUCAGAGACAGGUCGAAGCGUUUAGAAGAGGAUUUGACCGUGUUUUUCCAGCUGCGGAUUUGAGGAGCUUCACAGUGCAAGAGUUGGCGGUCUUGGUUGGAGGAGCAGAAGAGGAGGAUUGGGCGUAUGAUGUCCUUAUAGACUCUAUCAAAGCCGACCACGGAUACAAUUCGGACUCGCGCACUAUCAAACACCUCGCUACCUUUAUGUCUACCCUCAACCCUAUUCAACGCCGCGAAUUCCUCCAGUUUGUCACUGGCAGUCCAAAGCUCCCCCUUGGCGGAUUCAAGGCUCUCAACCCGUCCCUCACCGUCGUUCGCAAAAAUGUGGAAGCGGGCAAGAAACCUGAUGAUUACCUCCCCAGUGUUAUGACCUGCGUCAAUUACCUCAAAGUACCCGAUUACAGUGAAUUGGAGGUGAUGAAGAUGAGGUUUGAGGUUGCUGUGCGUGAAGGUCAAGGUUGCUUCCAUUUGUCAUGAUUUAUUCUUUCCUGCAAUUUUUGUUUUUAUAAUUUUUGCUUUGAGCUACCUUUCAAAUCGUUGGGCUUUUUUUAAACUUGCUGGAGGGGAAGUGGUGGUAGUAUUUGUAACAUUUUUUUUUUUUGUGCUUGGCGUUGGGAAAGUUGUUGUGCACGCAUGGGUUGGUAUUGAAUAUAAUUGGAUUAACAACUUUUCGAGUGAUGGG